AGCUCAUUCACAACGGCACGUAUACCCACUCGUAAUGGCAUGUGACUCGCGCGCACGGCGGAUUUAAUUGCAGUUUACUCCUGCGCGAGUGUGCCAGGUCGGAUUCUGCGUUACAAAUCCUUUUUUCUUACCUUUGUUUGUUGUUAUUGCUGUUGUUGUAAUGGGCUGUGGCGGGAGCAAGGACGCGAAAGGCAACGAGAGGGGUGUGAAGGCCUCCGAUAACGCCGCCGCCGCGCGUGCCCGUUACCCUCUCCUCGACACCCCAGAAGAGCAAGCAAACCGGUUUCUCCAGCUCUGCAGCCCUCCGCCGCGCUGCACCGCACCCAAGUUCGCGAAGGCGAUCCCGCGGCCUCGUCCUACCCCAACCCACUCGCGGUUGAGCUCAGACGCGUCUACGCCGACGUGCGUCAGCGUAUCGCCCAGCAUGAGUUGGAGGAUGAGGAGACGGCAGCGAUAAACCAGGAAAAGGAUCGCGUGGCGCGUGUGCAGCGUGCGCACAGCCGCCGGCUCACUCAGCCCAGCGCCGGCAAACCUGUGGUGGCGCAGCGGCUUCGUCUGACGGCGGACGGGACGCCAACGAGUGCGGAGGCAGAACCGGUAAAGGAAGCGGCGAGCACGCCGUUGGAGGCGAAGGUGGCGGCGGAGGACGACGCCCAGCCGGUCUCGCCUCACACCCUGCAGUACCCGGCGCAAAAGGAAUUUACGCUCUAUGUGAACAACAGUGUCGCGCAGGCGCGGCAUCGCCACUUCUCCGCCUUUGACGUCGUCGAGGCGGUGGAAGUGUUCGUCGGAUACGUGAAGCAGGAUCUGCGCGUGCAGCAGGGUAGUGCGUGUAAAGAACACGGUUACAAGCCGCGCAGCCAUCGAAGAUCGCCCAACAGCACCACCACCGCCGCUGCAGCAGCAGCAACCGCAACUGCGGCGAAUACGAACGGAAAACAUGAGUGACCGACCCCCACUGUUCCGUGGACGUGUCGGAUGCAGUGCGUGCUCUCGGGUGCGUCGAGUGAGGCGGAGAGCAUGCUGCAGGCGGCGCGGCAGCGGUGGGGGCGUGAACGGGAGGCCUCGCACCUGCGGCCCGCCGCGCCGAUCCGCUACACAACACAACAACAACAUGAUAAUGGUAAUAGCAGUCAUAAAACGAGUGCUCGAGGUGGCGAGAAGGGCGAAAAGAUGACGACGCCUUGUACAGAAAAUGCGCAUGCGAAAACAACGAAAGCAGCGGCGUUGAUCACCGCGUCGGAGCCGGUACAGGGCCGCAGCGGCAGCGGCAGCAGCUCCGUCGAGGGUGGCCAAGGGCUGCUGUUUGUUGACGCCGUCUUCGAAGGCGCCGUGCCGGACAGCUUCGACCGCCACACGCCGUGGCAGCUGGAGAUUGUGUUGUACUUCACGGCGUAG